CUUGGGCGUGCUUGUUUGGACUCGGGUUGUUUGGACGCCUCGCUUGUCCAAGUGGGCUACGGGUUGGCGCCUAGAGGAUGCUACUACCGAUUGGCUGUCUCGUGCAGCACGCAAGUCAAUAGGCGACCUUUUCGGUCAGUGAUACUUUUUUGGAGACAUGAGGAUGAGGUACCAGGUAGCCGUGCUGUCCUACUACCUCGAGGUAGACGAACUCAAGGAGUCUCGGACGAGGUAUGGCACCGUAGUAAAUGGCCUCAGGCGUGA